UCAAUACGGCUCGGUUUAGCACUGCUUCCGGGUGAGGGAGGGAGAUAAAAAAAAUCAACGAACGGUUUAUCCGAGAGAGCGGGAAAAAGGCAGGCCGAGAUGGAGGAGGCGCCGCCGCCGGCGGCUGCUGCUGCUGCUUCCCCUCGGGACUGCCGGGUGCGGUGCUGCUCGCGGCGCCAGACGGCCGAGUUGUUGGACUACUGCCAGCCUUUCGUGCGGAAGCUCGGGGAGGGCCAGCCGGUGGAGGCCGAGAGCUUGGAGCAGGCCGUGGUCGAAGCGAUCUGGAACUUCGAAACAGCUGUACAAGAGAAUAUUACUGUUAACGGACUCCCAUGGCAGGAGUCAUCAGAUGAUCCUCAAAAUGAUACGGAUAUCAAACUCCUUGAAGAUCAGCUUGAUGAGUUAAUAGUGGAGGUGGCAUCCAAACGCAAUCAGUAUCCCAGAAAAAUUCAAGUGCAUGUGGUCCAAGCACUUAAAAGAAAGCAAGAGUUAUUGGGCUGCUAUCGACCUCUUGCGAAUCAUCAAGAGAUAAAAGCAGAGCCUUCUCAAGAUUCUCGUAUGGCCGACUUGAGGCUUUCAACAAAAACUGCAUCCAGGGACAUUGGAGAGUCGUUUAAGUCUCUGUCAUCCCUUGUAGAAAAAGCAGAGGGUUUCUCAAAAGCAUUGUCUAUGCAACCAACUUUGGGAUUAUGCAAACUCCAUCAAGAAAUCUGUUCUGGCUCAGAAGUGAAAAAGGCGGAUAACAUUGAAGUCAAAGAUCUUUUGUCGCAAGUGGAAGUCACACCCCCAGAAAGUGGUACCAGUAAUUCCAUUCUACUGAAAAAAAAGAGACGAUCUUAUUCCCCACAGAAACACUACCCACUUCGAGCAGGGGUAAUUAAUCUUGAUACAUGAAAACUUUUUUGUGGGGGACUACUGUGUAGCCUCCCCUGCCCCUGAAUCUGUCCAGAUAAAUAUAGACUGGUUCGCAAAAGCAUCAAUAUUGAUGUCGCCUGGAAUCCAUACCACCAAACCGAUCUUAACUGGAAGUUACAGAGUUUUGUUGUUGAGUCCUCUCAUAUAGCUCUGAAUACUUCGCUGGACCAUCUCUUACUAAUUUUGAGCAUUGUUCUUUGAAACCUGAGGCUGCUAUACUUUUGCUGUAUUAUAGCAGACUGAUCCAGCUACAACAUCUUGAGCUGCUUACAACUUCUGAAUGGCCAGGGAUCUCCAGGGCGUACGUGCAGGAAGCUGUACUCUAGUAAAGCUCAGUUCAAGCCGAAGACUUCAUGCCAUGGGGAGCAAAGAAGAAAGCUAAAAAAACAAAACCCUUCUGCAAAUGUCCAUGUCUUUUAGCAUAAAAGGGUUGGUGGAUCACAGCAACAGUUUGCAGUUGUGUGUCAGUAUUGCUUCAGCAUUUAGUUUAUUUGCACAGGUUUGUUGUGAACAUCAGGAGAUAGGUGCAGGCAGAACUGGAUGUUUGGUUGCAGAAUCAGUCUCCACUAAACAUCUAGGAAGUGAUGGAGGAAGGAUCCAAUUUGGAGGUUGGCAGGAGUGUUCAAGCCAUUCCACACUUGCGUCUUCUCCUCUGCAUUCCCUUUCCCAACAGCUUUUCUCCUAGUUACAGAACUAAUGCAUUGAGGAUUCCUGCUGGGCAAAGGUUAUGUAGGGGACGAAUAGCAAGUGAGGAAACAACUAAGGAUCUGUUGCAUACCCACCAUUUCUUCCUUCCAAAACUGUUUAAAUGGCAACUCAGGUACCAAAACAUAGGUCUGCCACCAGAUGUGUUGUUUUGUCCUGAAAAGUAACCCGGAAUAUAUGCAACAUUUGGAAUUGUAAGGGAAUUCUUGGCUUGCAUGUAUUGUAGCAUCUUGAGACAGUCUUCAUUAUAGUGUGUAUAUACGUCUGCCGUUAACCUUCUUAUGGUCUCUUGAGUACUGCCCUCAUCUGUACCUCAAGCGUACAAGGUUUAGGAUUACUAAUCCAUCUAGUAGAUUGAAAGUGUUUAGAUCACAGUAUAAAUCUAGAAUUCUCAUAAAUUAAUUUUGAGCCAUGCUGCUUUUCUGUCAAACUUGCCAGUACAUCUAUGUUUGCCGUUCUCACAAAAAGUGAAAGAGAUGGCCUCUUUUAGGGGUCUCUUUAAAACACAGUGCCUGAUCAUAGAUGGUGCUUGAUUGACGGGCAGUUUGACUGCUGAUCUCCUAAAGCCAGAGGGGAAUGUACUUUUGAGUUGCAUCUGCCUGCUGAAAGGAGUGGAGUGAGCUGAAACAGAAUUGUUUGUUCUGAACCUGGCAGCGUAUAUUCAAUGAGAGCUGUAAAAAAGCUAUUUUGAAUUUGGGGGUACAGGACUUGUAUGCAUGCUUGCUUUGCCACAGAAUGCUUGGUCAGUGUGUACAUUAGUAAAUACAUUACUACACUUACUUAGCUUCCCCCGCCUGUGAAAUUCCCACCAUUUCGGAAACAAUAUAUGUACAGUUUAAAACAAGACUACAUUGGUGAGGCUUAUUUAUGAAGUACCUAAAUCAAUGUUAUUAUCAGGUAUUUUCUUUUUUCCUAGUUGAAAUUUACUGAAAAUUACAUUUUUUUUCUGAAAAUGGCGGUGGGGGGGGGGAAUGCUUGCCUCAAUGUUAAUUAUUGUGGGGUGAAUCCAUCUAAAUCAUAUUUGGAGUAGACUCAUUAAAAUCAAGGGAUUUAAGCUAAUCAUGUUUAUUUCAAUGGGUUUACUCUAAAUAUGACCUAGUUGGAGUCCAUCCUGUUUCUUUUAAAAAAUAUUCAUUAAACAGUCUGGCCAAAAUACUAGGAGUGGUAUCUGAAUGGUUGGUAGUCAUUAAACAUGCCCAUUAAUGUCAAUAGGUCUCCUCUUAAGUAUGUCUAACAUACUUAACAUCACCCUAGAAACAUAUUUAACUCUGCUCUUGAAAUUCUAUUUUUAAAGAUUGUGCUUGUGGAAUAGGCCUUGCACAGUGAACAUGUACCCUUGCCUUGUCUCCUUUGUAAAAUGUAUAUUUGUAUAUAAAAUACAUUUUUUGUACACCA